GCGGGGGAUGACCUGGGGGUGGCUUUCGGAGCCGGCUGCCGCGCAGGAGGUCUGGGGGCUUAGCCAGCCCCGCUGAGAGGUGGCUUGACUGUGCAUGGAAGGAACUAAGUUCAUUUUAAGAUAGGACAACCCCCCACCCUCCCAUCUCUAAGGUAUAUGUAAAGAGGAAGUCUUUAUGUUGGAGUAAGAACUUCUGCCAUAGGGCUGGGCUCCAAGAAUUUCAGUGAGCCAAAGCCUGGGUUUUGCCCUGGAAGUCUGCCCUGCCCGCUUCUGUAAUCUGGCGCUAUGCAUCCAGAUUCUAGACCCUUACAGACGCUGUUGUACAUGACUCUCCUGAUGCUCUGCGCUUCUGUGAGUCCAGACUUGGCACCUUAUUUUGUUUCUGAGCCAUUGUCUGCUGUCCAGAAACCUGGUGGACCUGUAGCACUGCAUUGCUCUGCUAAACCUGUGACUGCUCGCAUCUCAUGGUUGCAUAAUGGAAAAAGGUUGGACAGAAAUGUGGAGCAGAUUAAGGUUCAUCAGGGCACGUUGACUAUCCUUUCUCUUAACCCCUCACUUGCGGGUUAUUACCAGUGCGUUGCUAACAACAGCAUCGGUGCCAUCCUGAGUGGUCCUGCAACCAUAUCCACUGCAGUUCUUGGUGAUUUUGGUGCAUCCACAAAAAAUGUUAUUACGGCAGAAGAAAAGAGUACCGGUUUCAUUGGCUGCAAGGUACCAGAUAGUAACCCCAAAGCUGAAGUGCGCUAUAAAAUCCGGGGAAAGUGGCUGAAGCGGUCCACAGAGAAUUAUCUAAUCCUUCCAUCAGGAAAUCUGCAGAUUUUGAAUGUAUCCUUAGAGGACAAAGGAUCAUAUAAAUGUGCAGCUUUUAAUCCUGUCACACAUGAGUUAAAAGUUGAACCCACUGGCCAAAAGCUCCUUGUGAGUCGUCCUUCUUCAGAUGACUUUCACAUUCUUCACCCCACCUUUUCACAGGCAUUAGCCGUUCUUUCUCGUAGCCCUGUGACCCUGGAGUGUGUGGUGAGUGGGGUCCCGGCUUCUCAUGUGCACUGGUUGAAGGAUGGUCAGGAUGCGGUGGUGGGAGGCACUUGGAGAAGGCUGUAUACGCAUCUUGCCACGGACAGCAUUGACCCAGCGGACUCCGGCAACUACUCUUGUGUGGUGGGGAACAAGUCUGGAGAUGCCAAACACGUGUCUUACGUGGUGAAUGUACUUGAACGUGCUUCAAUUUCUAAAGGACUGCAGGAUCAGACAGUGUCUCUAGGUGCGACAGUACAAUUCACGUGUGAAGUUCAUGGGAACCCAGCACCCAACCGUACCUGGUUUCACAAUGCCCAGCCCGUUCACUCUUCCCCACGACAUCUAACUGUGGGAAAUGGAUUGAAAAUUAGUGGUGUUACCAUGGAAGAUUCCGGGCUGUAUCAGUGUGUAGCAGAUAAUGGGAUUGGAUUUACACAGUCUACUGGGAGACUUGAAAUUGAAAAAGGCAGUGGACUCAAGCCCAUUAUAGUUAGAGCGCCAACAAGUGCAGAGGUGGCCGUUGGUGACUCUGUGACUUUGUCCUGCAAUGCCACUGGGGUACCGGUGCCCGCCAUCCGUUGGUACGACAAGCACGGAUUGAUAACCAGUCAUCUGUCUCAAGCUCUUAGAUCUAAAUCCCGAAAACCCCACUUAUUAAGGCCUGGGAGUUCUGACCCAGAGCCUGUCACAUCCCGGGCGGGCUCAGGCUCUCUGCACAUUCAGGCUGUUACUCGGGAACACGCCGGGAAGUACACCUGUGAAGCCACAAACACACAUGGCACUGCACGGUCGGAAGCCAUCCUUAUAGUUGUUCCUUUUGAGACAGACACCAAAGCAGAAAUAGUCACAGCUUCUGAUCCCACUCAGAAUGAUAAAAGUGAUGAUUCAGAAACUGGAUCAUUGAGCUCAUUUCCGGUGAAAGAACAUUCCAGUGCCAAGGAAUCAUCAUCAGAGAAAAAUGCUAGUGGCACCUCUGUCCCUGACGCCCCCAUCAUUCUGAGCCCCCCUCAGACACACACACCAGACACCUACAACCUGGUCUGGAGGGCAGGGAAGGAUGGCGGGCUGCCCAUCAAUGCCUAUUUCGUGAAGUACCGAAAGCUGGAGGAUGGUGUUGGUGUCGUGGGGAGCUGGCACACAGUUCGAGUCCCAGGAAGUGAGAAUGAGCUCCAUUUAACGGAACUGGAGCCAUCAAGUCUCUACGAAGUUUUGAUGGUGGCGAGGAGUGCAGCCGGGGAAGGACAGCCUGCCAUGCUCACCUUCCGAACCAGCAAGGAGAAAACAGCAUCGUCCAAAAAUACCCAGGCCUCCUCUCCACCUGUGGGCAUCCCUAAGAGCCCUGUUGUUUCAGAGGCUGCAGACAACUUCGGAGUGGUGCUCACAGAUUCCUCUAGGCAUAGUGGAGUCCCAGAGGCACCUGACCGGCCUACUAUCUCCACUGCAUCAGAGACGUCUGUCUAUGUCACAUGGAUUCCUCGGGCCAACGGGGGCUCUCCAAUCACUGCCUUCAAGGUCGAAUAUAAACGGAUGAGGACUAGUGAUUGGCUGGUGGCAGCUGAAGACAUCCCUCCUUCUAAGCUUUCUGUGGAAGUUCGUAGUUUAGAGCCAGGUUCAACAUACAAAUUUAGGGUCAUUGCUAUCAACCAUUAUGGUGAGAGUUUUCGGAGUUCAGCUUCUCGUCCGUACCAGGUGGCUGGGUUCCCCAAUCGCUUUUCUAACCGUCCAAUAACUGGACCUCACAUUGCAUACACAGAAGCUGUCAGUGAUACUCAGAUCAUGCUAAAGUGGACGUACAUUCCAUCGAGUAACAAUAACACUCCCAUCCAAGGAUUUUAUAUCUAUUACCGGCCAACGGAUAGUGACAAUGACAGUGAUUACAAGAGGGAUAUUGUAGAAGGUUCAAAGCAGUGGCACAUGAUUGGCCACCUGCAGCCAGAAACCUCCUAUGAUAUUAAAAUGCAAUGCUUCAAUGAAGGAGGAGAGAGCGAGUUCAGUAAUGUGAUGAUCUGUGAAACGAAAGUGAAACGGGUCCCUGGAGCUUCUGAGUAUCCCAUCAAAGACCUGAGCACCCCUCCAAAUUCCUCGGGGAGUGGCGGGAACGUGGGCCCUGCCGCCAGCCCCACCAGAAGCAGCGACAUGCUGUACCUGAUUGUUGGCUGUGUGCUGGGGGUGAUGGUGCUCAUUCUCAUGGCUUUCAUUGCCAUGUGCCUGUGGAAGAACCGCCAGCAGAACACCAUACAGAAAUACGACCCACCAGGCUAUCUCUACCAAGGGUCAGAUGUCAAUGGGCAGAUGGUGGAAUACACCACUCUGCCCGGCACAAACCGGAUAAAUGGAAGUGUUCACGGAAGCUUCAGCAAUGGCUGCUCGCAUCUGCACCACAAAGUCCCCAAUGGAGUCAGCGGGAGCUUAAAUGGAGGGCUCUACUCCGGGCACGUGAGCUCUCUAACCAGAACACGUGUGGAUUUUGAACAUCCUCGUCAUCUAGUGAAUGGUGGUGGCCUGUACACAGCGGUACCUCCAACUGACCCGAUGGAGUGCAUUAACUGUCGAAAUUGUCGGAACAACAAUAGGUGUUUCACCAAAGCCAGCAGCACUUUCAGCAGCAGCCCCCUUCCUGUGGUCCCAGUGAUAGCACCUUAUCCUCAAGAGGGUUUGGAAAUGAAGCCCUUCAGUCACAUGAAGAUGCCUGUGUGUCUGGCUUCCACAGUCCCCGACUGUGUUCAGUCACCCGAAGAGGGCAUCGCGGAGGACAUGACACCAACACCUGCUCAGCCGAUUUGCUGUCAAGACAAUAGAGAUGCGACCAACUCUGACUGUGUGGAAGAUACAGCAGAGUUCCACAGAGGAGACAGCUGUGUGCCCUCAGAAGCUGAGAACAACAUUUUAAGUUGGAAUCCUCUUAUUUUGCCACCUGUCUCAAAGGACUGUACUGAAAAGACACCAUGGUGUCCUCCUGGCACUCCUGUAGACAGUCCUCCAGGCGUCCUUCAGCAAUCCCAGGAAACCUGAGGAUGCGGCAGCGCCCGGUCGUGUUCCCACUGCAAGCCAGCAACUGCGCGAAACUUCCCUGAGGGUGGACUGUGUGAAGGACAUUAAUUCAGUUCAGAGAAAGAGCGUUAUUUAUUUUUUGUUGUAGUGAUGUCAUAUGAAUGUAUCUUAAAAUGUGUGCCCUUUGAUGUUAUUUAUGCCUUAAAAGUUUCCCUCCCUCUUCCUUCCUCUCCCUCAUCACUAAACAACCUAGUCUGGCACAGUUUCAGUCACCUGAGACCAUGUUGUCCAAGAGCCUCAGCGAUAGUAAGAACCCCUCCGGCAAGGAUCCUACCUGUCGGCUGAUUCAGCUCAGUUGGAAUUGCAGUUGGGAAUUUUCAGAUGGAAAGUUGUCUUUCACUAUUGUGUUAUCAGACUGUCUGAGAACAUUUGAAAUCAACCACAGUUGUCACACCUGAUGUUUAUAAUAGAUGUCUUGCGAAUUUGAUGAGUGCCUUCCACGGAAGUGAUAGUUGACCUGUAGGCUGUCUGCACAUGGGCACAGGUUACGUCCAGUUAUCUAGGCAGUAAUCACAGUGUUGUGGACAUGGCAGAGGGUAAGACGGUCUGGUUGGGUUAUUGCAGAAGGCAGAAAGGGAGCCAGGACCAGAGAGAAAAAGAAUGCCUUCAUCCAGUUAUCAUUUAAAAUUACAUUUAUUUAUAACAUGGUUACCAUGGGGCUCUUUUUAACUGUUUCUAAGAGAAAAAUAAGACUUUCAAGUGGUGACUAGAAGAGAAAGAUCCAUAUUUUAAGAAGAAAGGGAAGGUUCCAGGUGAAUCAUCUUGGCCGAAGCUCUCCCAUUAGUAUAGGAAGUAUCAUGGUGCCCCACCCCUGAAAAAUCUGUAUUUUCUAAGUUCCAGCUUGGGCAGUACCUGAAAGAUGUGAGUGUUAGAAAAGAAUCUGGAGGUUUGAAGUUUCCUGGCGUUUUUCCUGAAUGUCGUCAUUGUACCAGCACCUACAGCUUUGAUUGGCAGAGCUCGUAAAUCACAGUUAUUGCUGCCUCUGAGUGACAAGGGCAUUUGCAGCUGCCGUUGAAAGGCUUUUCUUCUCCACAUCUGAAACAAAACAACACAGCACUCUGAGUGUAUUUGAUAGCUUGACUCAAGCUUCAUGGAUCACUGCUCUUUUUUGGAUUGUGCAUCCCUUUGGGGAAAAAAACAAAACAGAAAACAAGUCUCUUUACGGAGAGUCAAGCGAUUCCAGCAUAAAUAAAAAUAUUUUUACAGUUUCCCAACAAUUGCAGUGAAAUGGAGUAGAAUACUGUAUUAAUCAACUUUCUGUGUAAAUGCAUCCAUAUUCCCUUACAUAUGUCUACAUAUUUUAGAAAUAGAGCUGUUAGUGGAAUGUGCCAUGUGAGCUGGGUCACUAUGCAAGGAUUACUUGGAGUAGAAUGUAGUGGAUACAAUUUCAUAGUCAGGUGUCACGGAUGCUCCAGAGUCAAGUUCUCCGUUUCAGACAUCCACACCUAUAGCGUACUGGAUUUAUUCUUCAUUGUUGCCUAGAUGCAGUUAGCUUUAGAGGGAGUUGUCUGCAUCCUUUACUUCUGUGGCCAGCAAAGGACAAAGUCCUAGCGCACGGAAUAUGAAAACAUACCCUGUGUCUGCCAGUCAGGUUCUAGGGCUACACUCACAAAGGGAGUUUUAGAAAACUGGGGACUACGUGUUUGUAAGCAGUCAUUUUGAUUCAGGAAACAGAGGUGUAUUAGCGUGAGCCUUAGGUCAUAAACUGCUUUUAAAGAUUGAGUUUGAAUAUGGGAUUUGUCCACUAGGAAGAGAAAAAUGACUUUACCUGUAGGGCAAUCUCAUUGUGGACUGCUUUAUUUAUAUUAUUAGUAACGCUGUUUUAAGUGUUAUCCCUUUAAUUGUAUUUUUAUUUAUAAAAAAUGCUUUUAUAUAUUGAGAUAUAUAAAUAUAAAUAUAUAUAUAAUUGCCUUCAUGUUUAGGAGUUAUGAGUGCUCUCUGACUAUGAGUUGUUCUGAACUUUUAUGCUCUGCACAUUUACCCAAAACAGUCCUACCUAAAAAUAUUUGCCAGGAAGUCAGAGGACAGGACGGCAUGGGCGAUGGCUCUAACAUUUGUGGAAUAACUGUUAUGUACCAGACUGGGGCUUGCUACUACUAUCUCAAAUCUUCCUGUUACAACACAUCUACUAAGUAGAUGAUAAAGUCCCCAGGUCACACGGGUGAGCCACAGAGCCUGAAUCUGAACUUAUCUGGAGCAGUAAUCUGAGCUCCUGUUUUUCCAGACUGCUUUCCAAAACCAUUGCGGUUCACUCUGCUGAUGGAACCCAUUCCUGUAAGCCCCCGGUCCUCCCCACCGCACAAUUCCUCUGAUGCUCUAGCACCACAACUAGAGAGGCUGUCCCCCAUGGGCAGAGCUCUGAGCUUAUUACCUGGUCUCCCCGGAGCCCUCAUUUCUCCUUGUGACCCCCCUUGCUACCACGCCUUCCCUGGAAAUUUGACCUUCUCUCAGCGUGAUAGUGAUCCUAUUAAUCCUUCAGACCUCUUCACAUCCCUUCUCCUCUGAGAACUCUGUGAGUCUUUGUUUUAGCAUCAAACUGCCCCUUCUGCUAUAUCAUUUCUCUAGCUCCUUUUUUUCCCUUUUGGUUGUGCACUGAUCCUCUGAUGAUGGGCGCUGUACAGAAUGUAAGUGAAAUGGCAAUGUUUUAAACCUCUUGAAGUGGUCUUUAAAAACAAAAGGCAUUUCUUUCUGGGUUUUGUUUUUGUCAAAAGAGUCCACAAGGAUGGAUACAGAUUACUAAACUGAUUGUGACGUAAGUCUCAUUCCAGCUCCAGGACUGCCAAGAAGUCAACCUUCUAACUGAAUUUCACCUGUGUUUCUCUCUCUUAAAGCAGUGAUUUUCAGAUGCAUGUUUUUGUACCAUAUUGAAAAGUAUGUUUUAUUUUCCUUAAAGUUGUAAUAUUAUGUUUGAAAUUGUAUAUAUUUUAAAUGAUGUAGCUUUGACAGGUUUUAUUUGGUCGAUAUGAUUUUCUAUUAAAAGAGAAUGCUGCUUUCAUGUAGAGUAGCACAUGAAGAUGCAUUUCUCUGAUG